UCUGCUAUGUGUGACUGGGAAGAGAGGAGAAAUCUCUGAAUUGCGGUCAACACAUGGGACUGUUGAGAAUUAAACGCCACUUAGAAUAACAUCGGCUGACGUUUGCGGGACAAAACGAGAUUGGACCUACCUGAUGCUAAGCUAACCAUGGUUUCCAUCGACCAUGUCGCUCACAAAAUACUAACUUACAUCCCAUAUGUCCUUGUUUUGAUUGACAUGAGAUAUGAAGGAGUAAAAUGUGGCAGAGAUGGGAGUGUGGACAAUCAUAUGGAGAUGGGGAAGAAACUGCUCGCUGCUGGCCAGCUAGCCGAUGCCCUCUCUCAUUUUCAUGCUGCUGUGGACGGGGAUCCCAAAAACUACAUGGCCUACUACAGGAGAGCUACAGUGUUUCUCGCAAUGGGGAAGUCAAAGUCUGCACUGCCAGAUCUGAGCAGAGUUAUUGAACUCAAACCAGACUUCACAUCUGCACGCCUUCAGAGGGGAAAUCUGCUUCUGAAGCAGGGGAGACUGGAUGAAGCAGAGACUGACUUUAAGAAGGUGCUGAAGUCAAACCCCAGCAACAAAGAGGAGGGGGAAGCCCAGAGUCAGCUGACAAAGUCAGAUGAAAUUCAGCGGCUGGUGGCUGAGGCACACAGCAGCUUCAACAGUCGGGAUUACGUGACAGCUGCUGACCAGCUUGACACCGUCAUUGAGACUUGUGUCUGGGACGUGACCUCUCGUGAGAUGCGAGCAGAGUGUUUUAUUCAGAUGGGAGAGAUGGGGAAGGCCAUCAGUGACCUCAAAGCUGCAUCCAAGUUAAAAAGUGACAACACCCAGGCCUUCUACAAACUCAGCACCAUCUACUAUAAUCUUGGAGACCAUGAGAUGUCCCUCAAUGAGGUGCGCGAGUGCCUGAAGCUCGAUCCGGAUCACAAACAAUGUUACAGCCAUUACAAGCAGGUGAAGAAGCUCAACAAACAGAUCCAGUCUGCAGAGGAACUCAUCCAAGAGCAGAGGUAUGAAGACGCAGUGAGCAAAUAUGAAGCAGUGAUGAAGACUGAGCCCAACGUGCACCAUUUUUCUCUCCUCGCCAAAGAGCGCAUGUGCCACGCGUUGGCACAGGGCCAGCAGGCUAGCAGAGCUGUCUCAGUGUGUAGUGAAGUCCUCCAGUCGAACCCAGAGAACGUUAACGUCCUGAAGGACAGAGCCGAGGCCUAUGUCCAAGAGGAACAGUAUGAGGAAGCCAUUAAGGACUACGAGACCGCUGCCAAACACAGUGAGAAUGACCGUCAGAUAAAAGAAGGCCUGGAGAGAGCUCAGCGGCUUCUCAAACAGUCUCAGAAGAGGGAUUAUUAUAAGAUCCUGGGAGUGAAGAGAACUGCCCAGAAAAAGGAGAUUAUCAAAGCGUACAGGAAACUGGCACAACAGUGGCAUCCGGACAACUUCCAGGAUCCAGAGGAAAAGAAGAAGGCGGAGAAGAAGUUCAUCGACAUCGCUCAGGCUAAAGAGGUUCUCACUGACCCAGAGAUGAGAACCAAGUUCGACCACGGGGAGGAUCCCAUGGAUCCAGAGAGCCAGCAGGGUCAUCAUCAUCACCAGCACUUCCACGGAGGCUUCCACGGCUUCCAGGGUUUCAACCCAUUUGGCUCCGGACCCUUCAACUUUAAAUUCAACUUCAACUGAGGACGCUCGUAUGUGACACAGCUGGAGCGGAUUUUUGUGUUUUCCUCCCUAUUUAAAAGGGAGACUGCUGACAUGAGGAAUGUCAGGAGCAUCGUAACGCUCAGAAAACUGUGACUUUAAUUCAGUGACCUUAAUUCAAUAUGCAUCUUUGUUGUUGAAUGAUACAACUUUGAAUUCCGUUUUGGGGAAUGUCUGUUGCUAUGGUAACGCAUAUCUGCCAUGUGUGAAGCUCCUUCUAUCUGUCACGUGUAAGUGGUUAAUUCUGACACUUGCAUCCUUUCCACAGACUGUACACUCUCCCAUUCACAUCCAUUCAUAAGAAUUUAUUUGUACAUAAGUACAGUAUUAUUUUUAUAAGAAUGGAGUUUUUCUGCAAUGUAAAUAAAAAACUAUUUAUGUACCUUGAA